AAAUCAGUCUCGUCUCAUUGACUUUGUUUCCACCAGCUCUCUGUUGUCCACAGCAUAGCGGGACCUUACGUUGCAUCACUAUCUUCCCGAGGUGACCUAUCAGUACGGUACGAGAUCAUGGGCAUCGACGCUGCUGCGGUCGGUCCAUUCUUGGGCAAGCCCUCCCGCGAUGACCUGGUCGUUGCUCUCGGCGGGCAAUCAUCGUCGUCCUCUUCAGCCGAUAUCAAGUCUUAUCCUGACGCCGUCUAUCAUAAUCAUUACUCCCACGGCUUCUCGUGCUGUUUUAAUCCCACCUCCACGAACUCUCCAGAUGCCGUCUUAUCUCAAGUGGACAUAUUCAAUCCACCUUCCGGAUCAGUCAGUCGCAAGAAGGCGUCAUGGACAGGAUACACAACUCCAAGCUUGCCGAUCGUGCUGCGCUUCCCUACCACCUCACUUUCGGUACCAACUCCGGAUGGCAAGCCUUCUACGAUAACUCGACCAGACAUUCUGGAAGUUGAAAAGCAGACAACUGGCAAAGACUUUGUUGCGUGUCUGGGAGAACCGAGUCGUAAAGGUGGUGGCCAGGGAUUCGUAUCUCCAUGGUUGGAAUGGGGUGACGUGGAGCUCAAAUCUGGAGAAAGUAGCAUUGCAAAGGUUGGCAUCAUGGUCGAACUCAGAGAUCCAGGAGCGCACGAAGUUUUGUCGGACGAGCAGAAAACGAAAGGAGCUGGAGGUGUGUGGGAUAGAGCGAGCGGAUGGACGUGGGGUAGUCUCAAGCUCUUUGACCCGAACGACAAACGGUGAAGCGAAGCUUGAAAGGAUCCAAGAAGUGCGUACA